AUAAUAAGAAUCGACGUGGUCGGUGGUGGUUCUCUGCUGCACUGUUACACCAAAGAGAAGUUGUACUUGCAGACACUCUGACGUUCAGGUCAAUAUUUGCGUGAAGUUAAGAUUUUAGAGAAUAAGGAUAGAACCAUUAAUGUGAAGACGGAUACAAUGUCAUCGCCAUCAAUGGCUAUCGAAAUAACACCUGAAAUGUCAUGAUUAGCAGAAUGUCAAUCAUUCUGGUAUCGGCCGUUAAGGAAGGUUCGCUUCUAUGAAUGUUGAACAGUGGGAGGCGACUUUGGGCCUUCGCCCAUUUUGGGCCAAGUUCGGCGCAUCAGAUAAGGAUAUCCUCGGUGAUUGGGCCUUGGAUCCAGUCCAGAACACUGCUUAUUAUGACUGGUACAAAUGGUUAAAUAUUCUAGUGUGAUUUUAAGUUUUAAUUUAAAAUUAUGCAAUUGAUAAAUUACAUAAAUUUUAAUAGUUCUCUCCGUCUUAUGUGUGUGCAGGCUAAAUAGUCAAAAUUUUCACUGCUUUAACACUUGAAGUGAAAAGCAUAGCAAAAACUACUACUCCUAUGAAUAUGAUGUUUAAAAGAUCACGACAUGAUUAUGAUGAAUUCCACAACACCAGUUCCAAUAUCUUUUCCAUAUAGUAUUUUUAAACUAAAGUUAAAUAAAAUAUAAAUAUGGUUGUAGUAAAGUUGAAGACAUUAAAAGAAAUAAAUAGCCUCUGAUUAAAAAAUGGCAAUACAAACAACUUUUUUUUUAGUACUCACUCACUCUCAUUCCCACAUAUUCAAAACACUUUCCAAAUAUCAUAAAAAAAAAAAAAGUCACAAAUUACCCCACAUGUGUUGAAUUUCCACUAGUUUGCAUCACUACUAUUAUAAGAAGAUAAAGAAAAUCACAGACAAAAAACAUUAAUACAACAUUUGUCAUAGGUAUUGUCAUUGUGUUUUUUAUUAUUAAUCAGAUUCAAAGUCACACUCACUGUGAUAACAGAACAAAACAGAACAUAACAGAGCAAAACAGAACAACCCAUGUUUCUUUUUCGCUCUAUUUAUUUCUUUUGCUAAACUAAACCAAACUUUCAUAUUCAUCUUUUGAAUAACUUUUGUUACAAUAUAUUAUUCUCUAUUUAUUAUAAUUGAUAUUGUAAUUAUAUUAGGAGUAAUUAGUCUUUUAUGUGUAAUCAUUUUAUGUUUCUUUGUCUCCAAUCCUAUAGUAUAAAUAGGACCACCUACUUGUACUUCAAAUAUAACAAUGAACACACAAAUAUUUCUCAUAUAUUCCUGAGUUUCUACAUCAAUUAUAAUAAAUAGAGAAUAAUAUAUAGUAACAACUUUCCCUCCAUUGUUGAAAAAGCUAUGGAAACCAACUCAGUUUCCAAGCUUCUUUCACUGUUCUUCACUAUCUUCUUUCUUGGUUCUGAGUAUAUUCAAUGUAGUGUUACAUAUGAUAGAAAAGCUAUUCUCAUCAAUGGACAAAGAAGAAUCCUCAUUUCGGGUUCCAUUCAUUAUCCAAGAAGCACCCCAGAAAUGUGGGAGGAUCUGAUUCAGAAAGCUAAAGAUGGAGGGUUAGAUGUUAUUGACACUUAUGUGUUUUGGAAUGUUCAUGAACCUUCUCCUAGUAAUUACAAUUUUGAAGGAAGGUACGAUCUAGUACAUUUCAUAAAGACAGUGCAGAAAGUGGGUCUGUAUGUACAUCUUAGAAUUGGACCUUAUGUUUGUGCUGAGUGGAACUUUGGUGGAUUUCCUGUUUGGUUGAAGUAUGUUCCUGGAAUCAGUUUCAGAACAGAUAAUGGCCCUUUUAAGGCUGCAAUGGAAGGUUUUACUCAGAAGAUUGUUCAGAUGAUGAAGAAUGAAAAGCUAUUUCAGUCACAAGGUGGUCCAAUAAUUCUUUCUCAAAUUGAGAAUGAGUAUGGCCCACAAGGAAGAGCACUUGGAGCUACUGGUCGUGCAUAUUCAAAUUGGGCUGCAAAAAUGGCUGUUGGAUUUGGUACAGGUGUCCCUUGGGUGAUGUGUCUGGAAGAUGAUGCUCCAGAUCCAGUGAUAAAUGCUUGCAAUGGUUUUUACUGUGACAAUUUCAUUCCCAAUAAACCAUACAAGCCUAAACUAUGGACUGAGUCUUGGAGUGGCUGGUUUUCAGAAUUUGGCGGACCGGUUCCCCAGCGACCGGUUCAGGAUUUAGCGUUUGCAGUUGCUCGUUUUAUACAAAAGGGUGGCUCUCUUUUUAAUUAUUACAUGUACCACGGAGGAACUAAUUUUGGACGAUCAGCUGGAGGACCAUUCAUAACUACAAGCUAUGACUAUGAUGCUCCAAUUGAUGAAUAUGGUUUGUUAAGGGAACCUAAAUAUGGUCAUUUGAAAGACCUUCAUAAAGCUAUCAAGCAAUGUGAACAUGCUUUGGUUUCUUCAGAUCCUAAGGUUACAUCAUUAGGAGCAUAUGAACAGGCAUAUGUAUUCUCUACAAGAACAACUUGUGCAGCUUUUCUAGCUAACUAUCAUUCAAAUUCUGCUGCAAAAGUGACCUUCAACAAUAGGCACUACGACUUACCUGCUUGGUCGAUAAGCAUCCUCCCUGAUUGUAGAACAGAUGUUUUCAACACUGCAAGAGUGAGGCUUCAACCUUCACAAAUACAAAUGCUUCCUAGUAAUUCUAAAUUGCUCUCAUGGGAGACCUAUGAUGAAGAUGUAUCUUCACUUGCGGAGAAUUCUAAAAUCACAGCUUCUGGACUUCUAGAACAGCUAAAUGCUACUAGAGACACUAGUGAUUAUCUGUGGUACAUAACCAGUAUUGACAUAAGUCCAUCGGAAUCAUUUCUUCGUGGAAGGAACAAGCCUAGUAUUAGUGUGCACUCCUCUGGCGAUGCCGUCCAUGUGUUUAUCAAUGGGAAAUUUUCAGGCUCGGCUUUUGGGACAAAGAAAAAGCCAAGUUUCAAUUUUAACGGACCUAUUGACCUACGAGCUGGAACUAAUAAAAUAGCACUUCUAAGUGUAGCUGUUGGAUUACCUAAUGGCGGAAUCCAUUUUGAGUCACGGAAGACAGGAAUCACAGGUCCAGUUUUUCUCCAUGGUCUUGACCAUGCACAGAAAGAUUUGACAGGGCAGAAAUGGUCAUACCAGGUUGGCCUAAAAGGAGAAGCUGUGAAUUUGGUGUCUCCUAAUGGCGUCUCAUCUGUUGAUUGGGUGCGAACAUCGCUAGCUUCUCAAAACCGGCCACAGUUGAAAUGGCACAAGGCUUAUUUCAAUGCACCUAAUGGAAUUGAACCAUUGGCAUUGGACAUGAGCAGUAUGGGAAAGGGUCAAGUAUGGAUCAAUGGACAAAGCAUCGGAAGAUAUUGGAUGGUUUAUGCAAAGGGUAAAUGUAAUGGUUGUAACUAUGCCGGAACAUAUCGUCAGGGGAAGUGCCAAAUUGGUUGCGGACAACCUACCCAACGAUGGUACCAUGUUCCUAGGUCCUGGUUAAAGCCAACAAAUAACUUGCUGGUCGUUUUCGAGGAAUUAGGAGGGAAUCCUUGGAAAAUAUCUCUGGUAAAGAGGAUAGUGCAUACUCCACGAGUUAGUGAAUCAAAUUUAAUGACUAAUACUACACAAGAAUGAGAAACCAAAUAGCGAUCGACAGGGAAACAUACAAAGGGGGCAUAGUAUAUAUGAAGAAUAAUAAAAAAAAUUAUAUAUGUAGGUGUGGAAUUCUAUAUAGCUUCUAUUGGCAUUAGCAUGAUUGAUACAGGAGGUGUGUGACCAAGUUCAUUUUUAAUUUAUUCUUUGAACUUGAGUGUCAAUGUAGUAUUUACUUGGAAGAGUGAAAAUUACAAAAUUCAGUAUAUGUUAAAGUGCUUUUUAUGCAUUCAUGUAAUUUGUUUGUAUCUAAUAUCUAUGAAUCUAUCUACACUACACAUGCAAGCAUUAUUAUUUUGGUGGUUAGCA